AUGUCCCACCCAUUUUGGGAAAGGUAUGCUCUCUGCGGGGCUCCAGUGACUGGUGCAGCCAGCGCCACAGAGGCCCAGCAGGAAAGUCAGCCCCAGGGCUCAGCAGAGGAGCACCUCACACUGAAGAGCUGGCGGAGAGGACUGUGUCGUGGGGCCAGGUAUGCUCUCUGCGGGGCUCCAGUGACUGGUGCAGCCAGCGCCACAGAGGCCCAGCAGGAAAGUCAGCCCCAGGGCUCAGCAGAGGAGCACCUCACACUGAAGAGCUGGCGGAGAGGACUGUGUCGUGGGGCCAGGUAUGCUCUCUGCGGGGCUCCAGUGACUGGUGCAGCCAGCGCCACAGAGGCCCAGCAGGAAAGUCAGCCCCAGGGCUCAGCAGAGGAGCACCUCACACUGAAGAGCUGGCGGAGAGGACUGUGUCGUGGGGCCAGGUAUGCUCUCUGCGGGGCUCCAGUGACUGGUGCAGCCAGCGCCACAGAGGCCCAGCAGGAAAGUCAGCCCCAGGGCCCAGCAGAGGAGCACCUCACACUGAAGAGCUGGCGGAGAGGACUGUGUCGUGGGGCCAGGUAUGCUCUCUGCGGGGCUCCAGUGACUGGUGCAGCCAGCGCCACAGAGGCCCAGCAGGAAAGUCAGCCCCAGGGCCCAGCAGAGGAGCACCUCACACUGAAGAGCCGGGAGAGGGGACUGUGUCGUGGGGCCAGGUAUGCUCUCUGCGGGGCUCCAGUGACUGGUGCAGCCAGCGCCACAGAGGCCCAGCAGGAAAGUCAGCCCCAGGGCUCAGCAGAGGAGCACCUCACACUGAAGAGCCGGGAGAGGGGACUGUGUCGUGGGGCCAGGUAUGCUCUGCGGGGCUCCAGUGACUGGUGCAGCCGGCGCCACAGAGGCCCAGCAGAGGAGCACCUCACACUGAAGAGCUGGCGGAGAGGACUGUGUCGUGGGGCCAGGCAUGCUCUCUGCGGGGCUCCAGUGACUGGUGCAGCCAGCGCCACAGAGGCCCAGCAGGAAAGUCAGCCCCAGGGCUCAGCAGAGGAGCACCUCACACUGAAGAGCCGGGAGAGGGGACUGUGUCGUGGGGCCAGGUAUGCUCUCUGCGGGGCUCCAGUGACUGGUGCAGCCGGCGCCACAGAGGCCCAGCAGGAAAGUCAGCCCCAGGGCUCAGCAGAGGAGCACCUCACACUGAAGAGCCGGGGGAGGGGUCUGUGUCGUGGGGCCAGGCAUGCUCUCUGCGGGGCUCCAGUGACUGGUGCAGCCAGCGCCACAGAGGUCCAGCAGGAAAGUCAGCCCCAGGGCCCAGCAGAGGAGCACCUCACACUGAAGAGCCGGGGGAGGGGACUGUGUCGUGGGGCCAGGUAUGCUCUCUGCGGGGCUCCAGUGACUGGUGCAGCCAGCGCCACAGAGGCCCAGCAGGAAAGUCAGCCCCAGGGCUCAGCAGAGGAGCACCUCACACUGAAUAGCCGGGGGAGGGGACUGUGUCGUGGGGCCAGGCAUGCUCUCUAUAGGGCUCCAGCGACUGGUGCAGUUGGUGCCACAAACGCCCAGCAGGAAAGUCAGCCCCAGGGUUCAGCAGAGGAGCACCUCACACUGAAGAGCCGGGAGAGGGGACUGUGUCGUGGGGCCAGGCAUGCUCUCUGCGGGGCUCCAGUGACUGGUGCAGCCAGCGCCACAGAGGCCCAGCAGGAAAGUCAGCCCCAGGGCUCAGCAGAGGAGCACCUCACACUGAAGAGCCGGGGGAGGGGUCUGUGUCGUGGGGCCAGGUAUGCUCUCUGCGGGGCUCCAGUGACUGGUGAAGCCAGCGCCACAGAGGCCCAGCAGGAAAGUAUGCUCUCUGCGGGGCUCCAGUGA